AUGACCCCGAUUAUGGAACGGAAAAACGUCCCGGCAAUCACAGCCAUGAUUGCUCGGAAUGAAAAAACGUCCUCUCCCUCCCUUCGUCACUGUUCAUCACGUGCUCACAGCCCAACUGGUCCACUCCCCACCUCCCUGUGCUCUCCCUAUGCUCCCUCUCUGUGUCAGUCAUCCAUCCCAUCCAUUCCAUACCUCCUAGCGUCUGAGGAGGUGCUCCCAAGGGCGCUCGCGCCUUUGCCGUCAUUGGCGUGUAAGGCGCGGGCGCCGUUGGCGCUGGCGCCGUUCGCGGUGGCCCCUUUGUGCGCGGGCGCCGUGGGCGCUGGCGCUGGCGCUGGCGCUGGCGCCGUUUGGCGCAGGCGCUGGCGUUGGCGCCUUUUGGCGCUGGCGCUGGCGCCUUUUGGCGCUGGCGCUUGCGCCGUUUGGCGCUGGCGCUGGUGCUGGCGCCUUUUGGUGCUGGCGCUGGCGCUGGCUCCGUUUGGCGCUGGCGCUGGCGCCUUUUGGCGCUGGCGCCUUUUGGCGCUGGCGCUGGCGCUGGCGCCGUUUGGCGCUGGCGCUGGCGCCGUUUGGCGCAGGCGCUGGUGCUGGCGCCGUUUGGCGCUGGCGCCGUUUGGCGCUGGCGCCGUUUGGCGCUGGCGCUGGCGCUGGCGCUGGCGCUGGCGCCGUUUGGCGCAGGCGUUGGCGCCUUUUGGCGCUGGUGCUGGCGCCUUUUGGCGCUGGCGCUGGCGCUGGCGCCUUUUGGCGCUGGCGCUGGCGCAGGCGCCGUUUGGCGCAGCCGCUGGCGCCUUUAGGCGCUGGGCUCCGCGGCGGCGGCAACAGCAACGGGGGGCUGCGAGCAACGUCGGCACAAGACGGGCGCGUGCUUUGCAUUCUCUGUUUUUGCUCAAUGCAGGGCGCAUGAGCUGCAUUCGUUGA